GAUUAAAUUACUCGAUAUUUGGCGGCGGUUAUCCAUAUUGAUAUUAACGAGGGGUAGAUAUUCAGGUUCCUGAAGAUUUGAAUUAAACUAUAUUUAAGGUUUUUGUUUUUUACAAUAUUGAGCACAAAACACAAAAAAACCAUAAAAAUACAUAAAAUAUCUUUCUAUGAAUCUUAAAAAGCAAAACAAAAUACUAUUUUACCAGUCAAAAUAAAACUUUGAAAACAUAACAAAUGUAGUAUAAAAAUGCUUCUUUUGUAUGUUAAACAUUGCUUAAUAAACGAAACAUUUUUCUAUGAAACAGGAACUCACAACAAUAACAAUAAAAACUAACAAAAUAGGUUAGGCUACGUUGUAGCGACUCUGUAUUUCCCGCGCGAUGAUCGCGAACGCGAUGUGUAUGUGCUUCCUGGCGACCGCGACCGAAACAGAGUUACAGCUACCGAUCAGUGGUUACCGAUACCGAUACUUCCAAACAGCGAUCUGGGUCGCUGCUUCAUGGAGAAUCAGGUCGACGGGACUAACGGCGACCAUUCAAGUCACCGGGAAAGGUCGCCGGUACCGAUAUAUCGAUCAUCUCUACUUCAGAGUAUUCAAUAUCUCAGGCUCUGAAUCGGAGGAUUAA